ACCGGAAAAUGGACUGGUCCAUAGCUGCCUCCAUGGGUUUGCUUCAAUGGUUGCUUCACACUCGUUCUUACUUCCCGUUAUUUUUUUAAGCAUAGGUUUCGCUGUCUAUUCUGAGAGUUAAAUCUUUAUUAUGGUUUGACGGGUUUUAUAUUUUUAAUAAUUAAUGGCAGUGUGGUGGAGAAGCCAGGCAUCCCAUAUGUUUCAUUUGUCCAUCAUCUCCAGAUUGUUUGAGGAAACUUGUGCCACCACGUCGGAACAGGGAAGGGAGACCGUGAGCAUACAUGGAGCUAUUUCUCACCAUUGUGGUCCUUCUGUCCUGUCCAUGGAUCAUUGUCCUGUGCUCAGCUGACCCCAAGCAGACAAGAUGGCCUUUAUAUUCAAGAAAGCCUCUUAUUCUUGUCUGGAAUGCUCCCACAGAGGACUGUACCCCCCGCCACCGUGUAACUCUAUCUUUGGAUCAGUUUUAUAUUGUUGCAUCUCCCAAUGAAGGUUUUGUUCGACAAAACCUCACCAUUUUUUACAAGGAGCGUCUUGGUUUGUAUCCCUACUAUGAGCGAGGACGGACCGCAGUCAAUGGCGGGCUCCCACAAUUGGCCAGCCUCACUCAGCAUUAUGAAAAGAUGCCUGAGGGGGUACAGAAGUACAUACGUGAGGCUGAGGCCAAAGGGCUCGCUGUCAUUGACUGGGAAGAAUGGCGGCCUCUUUGGAUCAGAAACUGGGACAUCAAAGAUGUCUAUCGAAAUAAGUCCAGAGAACAGGUCGCACUGAAAAAUCCAACAUGGAGCCCUGAACAAGUAGCCAAAGUGGCUCAACAAGAGUUUGAACUGUCAGCUCGUAAAUUCAUGCUUGAGACUCUAAAAUAUGCCAAAAACCUGAGACCCAAUCAACUCUGGGGCUUCUAUUUGUUUCCAGACUGUUACAACCAUGAUUAUAGGAGUGGUCUGGAGAACUACACAGGGACCUGUCCUGAACUGGAAGUGACCCGCAAUGACCAGCUCAACUGGCUAUGGAUUGAAUGCACUGCACUUUACCCCUCCAUUUACAUGGGCUCUACCCUGCGUUCAACCAAAUACGGGCGACUCUUUGUGCGAAACCGAGUGAAGGAGGCGAUGCGUGUGGCGUCUGUUGGAAAGGGUUUAACACGGCCAGUUUUUGUUUACACCAGGCCCACGUACAUCAAUCAGACGACCCCUCUCUCUGAGAUGGAUCUGGUCUCCACUAUUGGGGAAAGUGUGGCUCUGGGAGCAGCGGGUGUUAUAUUCUGGGGAGACACAUCUUAUGCCAGUAGCGCUGCCAGCUGCUCUAGUCUAAAUAAGUAUCUCAUGGGCUCAUUAGGGCAUUACCUUCUGAAUGUGUCUACAGCAGCAGAACUAUGCAGCGAGAGCCUGUGUAAAUCCCGAGGUCGCUGCCUUCGUAAAGAGCCUGAUCAAGACGUGUAUCUACAUCUCAGCCCCUCCAGCUACAGCAUCGUCAGUGUGAGCGGCCAGUUAAAGGUGAACAAAGCCUCAGGAGAGACUGAGCUGACACACUUCCGUAAACAUUUCCAGUGCCAGUGCUACACCGGGUACAGGGGUGAGGGCUGCACUCAGAGGGAGGGAAGACGGAAUAAAGCCCCCUCUGUGAUGGGGGGCUGGCACCUCUGCUUCAUGCUCCCUCUAGGGCUCCUUGCUCUACUGCACUGAGCAUGCUCAGAAAGACUAACCAUGGAUGUACAACUAUAUAUUGGGGAAAACAAAGGUUUGGUCACAAAAUAUGGCUGGGCCAGUUUAAAUAUUAGUGAUCUCAAAAAUUAUGUUGUUUUUUUUUUUUAAGAAAGCUACGUCUGAGUGUCUCGGGAAGUUGGCAAGUUAAUAAUACCAAAGCAUUUUUAUCCCUUUUUCCUCAUUGUUUUAUGAAAAAUAUUAAUAUCAGUUUGUCAUCAAGCCUAGUCAGGUUGUUUACAUUACCAUAAUUUUUAUAUGCUUCAUUGUAUUGGCUAAAUCCCUGGCAAUGGCACUGUUUACAUAAAUUGCUUAUAAAUAAUGUUAUGCUGGUGAUAUUUUAAUAAUGUCAUACACUAUUAUAAUGAUAUCCUUUUAUUCUUUUUUAACUGGUUACUGGUAACAAAUUCUGCAGUUUGCCAUCUCUGUACUUUUCAUUUGCAAAAAAGGAUUGAAGUCAUCUCAGUAUUGUACUACUUGUCCUACAAAUGUUUUUUUUUUGUUUUUUGUUUUUUUUAAGUAUUUUUCAGAUAAUCUGCACUUAAGUACUUGAUUUGGCUGGAGCUUUUCUUGUGAUUAAAGCCUUGUAUUUUAGUACUAUUCUUUCUCACUGUGAAUCUGUAGAGGGGUAUUUGAAGAACUCAAAACUCUUUUGCAGCAAAAAAAAAUUCACCAAAUUGGCCAUAUAAAAUAAUAAUACAUGUGUACUUUAUCAGGACAAUUUCCAUUAGGUAUAGUUAUUGGUUUAUAUGUUGUUUAUAGUAUGACUUGAAAUUUAGGAUUUUUUUGGUUUCUUCUAAAGUUAUGCUGAACAGAUUUCAUUAUCUUAUCACAAUUCAUUGUAGGAAGAUAAUCCGCUUUCAUUUAUUCUCAAAAUCUGUAUGAAAUAAGUUACUUUACAAUAAGUACUGUAAUUAUUUAAUACUGUUAACUCCUUUAGGCCUACAUUUACUUGAGUACCUUACAUUUACAAUUUAAGAGCAUGGUAACUCGGGUUAACAUUGGGAGGUGUUAGCAAAAUGUGAGUAGUUCUUCCAACAGUAACAGCUGAUAGUUUUCUAUGUGGGGCAAGCUCUAUGGUUUGCUUUAUUUUCCUCUAAAGUUUCUGUUGCAACGGUUUUGUGUUGUACAUAUUUUGUAUGGAACUCAUUUGACUUUUUUAUCCUAAUAAAACAAUGCCAAACAUGCUUGUUAAAUAUGCCUAUCUUAAUGUUUUACAAACAUUUUUCAAAAUAAAUAAAAUAUAUCAAUUGAUAUC